GUGUAAUUGUUAUUUGUUAUUAGACAUACAUGUCGAGUACUCGAGUAUAGUUUCAAUAUUGUUUUACGUUCCACAGACGACGGACCACAAUAAUUUUAUUCACGAAGGCAUUUUAUAAUUUUAAAUGUGAAAUAAAUCGUAUUGAAUAAUAUCGUAUAGUUCUCAAUUCAUAGAGUUAUAGCCCAUAGGUUACUACACCAAUCAAUACUGACUGUUGUACAUAAUAUUAUUAUUUCGGUUCAGAAUAAUCUUUAGUCGGAUACGUUUUCGAUAAGAUAAAAUAAAUAGUAAAUACCAUUCGACAUUCGAUUUCUGUUGAAGUAAGCCACCUACAACAAAUAAUAGGUAUGAGAAUACAUUGUAAUGUAUUUUUCACCCUCCUAGGUCCAACCCGAGGAGGUGUCCUAAUGAGGAUUGGUUGCCAUUGGUUAAUCGUGCAGAUCAGUUGAAAACAUGCCUCAAAUCAAAUUUUCGCACAUUUCUUACUUGAUAUGCUGUCACACAUUGUUUGUGAUCAGAUGUAGUCAGAUUGUCUAACAGGAAGGCUGAGUUGAACAAUCACAAUUUUUUUUAAAUUUGUAAUUUUUUACGGGCAGUGAAGUGAGCGGGAUCAAAAUGGAUGAAAAUGAUUUACAACAUUUGCCAAGUGUUCUGAAAUUUAAAAGAUGUGAACCAAAAAAAUUUAAAAAUAGCUCUCACCCGGCAGAAGUAUUUGGGGUCUUGCAAUCAUUAAGGAUUGAUGAAAUGUUUUGUGAUGUUAAGUUGGAAACAGACGAUGGUACAGUAAUUUUUGGACAUAAAGUUGUAUUAGUAUCAGCAAGUCCAUAUUUCAGAGCCAUGUUCACUAGCUUUGAAGAAAGGAAUAAAGAUUGUAUUAUUAUAAAAGAAUUAAACUCAACCAUUUUGCAACUUUUGAUAAAUUAUAUUUACACUGGAGAAAUAAUUGUAAAUGAAGAGAAUGUAAAGGAUUUGUUAGCGGCUGCAGGUCUCAUACAGUUAGACUAUAUAAAAGCCUCAUGUGAAGAAUUUUUGCAAAUACAGCUAAAUCCUUCAAAUUGUCUUGGAAUCAGAGCACUUGCUGAUUUACAUUACUGUACAGAACUGAUGUCAACUUCUAAUGCCUAUAUUAAAAAAAAGUUUUUAGAAUUGGUAAAAUGUGAUGAAUUUCUGUCUUUAUCUCUUGAAGAAGUGAUUCAACUUAUCUCCAGUUCUGACCUUGCUGUUCAACUUGAAGAAGAUGUAUUUGAAAGUGUUCUGAAUUGGGUAAGACAUGAAUUAUCUUGUAGAAAACAAUUUUUGCCAGAUUUGAUGGAACAUGUAAGAUUGCCAUUAACUUCAAAACAGUAUCUAUUAAAAAAUGUAUCUGAAGAGCCUCUCCUUAAAAAUAAUCAUAAAUGUAAAGAUUAUAUAUUAGAAGCGAUACAAUUUCAUUUACUCAAGUCACAAAAAAUAAUACCUAUACCAAAAACUAUUCGGUGUAAACCUAGACAAUCUGGUGAUUUACAAAAAAUUAUUCUUAUGUUUAGUGUCUCGCCGCUUAUGGAUAAUAAUUUUAUAAGUUUGUAUGACCCUACUAACAACGUAAGCCGCAUUGCACUAGAUAUGGAAGAGAAGUGCCACAUAAAUCAUCUUGUCUUAAUAGCAGACCAAUUUGUGGUUGCUGUUGGUCGUAUCCAUAGAUCGACAGCGUUAUGUAAAUCUUAUCCGUGUAUUCAAAUGCUUGAUUUAUUUUCACAAAAAUCCAGUUGGGUACAAAUGCCUAAUAUGUUAGUUGAUCGAAGUCGUUUAGGCGUCGGUUUAUUGAACAAUAAUAUAUAUGCUGUUGGCGGGGAAAAUGGUUCUAUUUGUUUAAAUAGUGUUGAAGUUUUCAAUGUCAAUUUGGAAAAAUGGCAAAUGGUUUCUAGUAUGGCUAACAAGAGAUGCAAUGUUGGUGUUGGAAUUCUAAACAACCUUUUAUAUGCGGUAGGAGGAUUUGAUACUUCUACAAAAGAACAUUUAAAUUCAGUCGAAUGUUAUGAUCCCAGUCUUGACACAUGGAAACUAGUAGCACCAAUGCUCCAUCGCCGCUCUAAUCCUGGUAUUGCAGUCAUAGAUGGUGUUAUGUAUGCUGUCGGUGGUAAACAAGGCACAGGAUAUUGUAUAUCUGUCGAGGCCUAUAGACCAAGUGUCGGAGUAUGGACUAAAGUGACUAAUAUGGCCUUUGAAAACUAUUCUAGUGAAGUAGUUGUUAUAGAUGGUUUAUUGUAUGUUGUGGGUAAUACAGAGUGUAUUAAUACGCUGACUAUCCAAAUAUACAAUCCGAAAACCAAUGCAUGGAAAAUAAUGCAAACCUGUAUAAAUGAUACUGGAUUUAUUUUUGCUGCAGUACCUGUUUGUAGACCAUCUUGUUUUAAGACCGAUUAGCGUAAAUGCUCUCAUGGUUGGUAGUUAUAAUAUACAAUCAUAUUAUGUGUAAUAUUAUGAUAAUUAGUGUAUUAUAGAAUAAAAAAACUAUUAUUGUUGAAUUAAAUAAACCAGCAAUAAAAUUAUACCUAUUGUAAACACCACUGCUUUACACCAUAAAAUGUUGACUUGUAUUGAGCUGUUUAUGGACAUUUUAUGUUUCCAAUUUUUUUAGUUCUUUUUAUAUUAAUGUAAAUAAAAUGUAUUUGUUGAAUCAAAAAGAUUGAAAAUGUAAUAAAUCUAGAACAAGGCUCCUGAUAUUAUAUUGCCUAAAUAUCAGUUGAAAAAUAUUAAAAAUACAUAUUAUGCACAAUUUUUUUUUUUUAUAAUCAUUUAAAGUUUAAUUUUUGACAACAUUUAUCAAAUUUUAAAAAUGAUUUUGUAGUAAAAAAUGUAUAAAAUGUUCAAAUUUUUAGUCAAGGAUUGAAAAUUUAAAGCAAUUAUUAUUCUGUAAUCAAAAAAUAUCAUCAAAACACAGUUUUUUUUUUAUAAAUAUUUUAUGUUCAAAUUUGGAAGAAAUUACAUAUUAAAUAACCAAGAAUAACAA